AUACCUCCUGAGAUUAUUCUCUGCGUGAGCAUCAGACAUUUUACUACUGUCCACAAAAUGAUGCACACUCAACCAGUGCUCCGCCGCCGCCUCUCCUCCGCCAACUUCCUCCUCCCCUCCGCCUCUCCGGUCCCAUUUUCCCACUAUCUCAAUUUUCCCUUCAGACCCACAAAUCACUACUCUCUCUGCUCUGCCCACAAAGCAUGGAUUGCCCAAUUAUCAGAAGAACUCGCCACCACCGCCGCCGCCGCCGCCGCAAGCUCCGCCUCCUCGCCACCGCCGAAUGACGGACCAAUUGAACUCUCUCCGUCAAUUCGCUCAAUUAUCUCCGCCGCGUACGGCUCUUCAUCUCUCCAAACCGCCGCCAGCGUCCUCCUCACCGGCGCCUUCGCUCUCUUCCUCUUCCGCUCCCUCCGCCGCCGCGCCAAGCUCGCCAAACAAGCGAGAUUAAGGUCGUCGGGGGCGAAAACGGGAUCUAAUAAUUCACUCCGUAAAAAAGGAAAGUCGCGAACAUCACCCGAUCAGGCAUUUCUUGGAGCUGUAAUAGCUGCUGCAUGUGGAAUACUUCUUUAUAAAUUCACGACCACCAUCGAAUACUCUCUCAAUCACCAAACGCUUUCCAAUAAUUACUCGGUUCGCCAAAUAACUAUCACGAUAAGGACGAUUAUAAACGGGAUGUGUUACCUUGCUACGUUUGUGUUUGGAUUCAACUCUCUAGGUUUGUUCCUUUAUUCGGGGCAGCUAGCGCUUAACUCAUUUUCGGAAGUUUCCAGAAGCGAAGGUGAUGCCCCGUUAAACUCGUCUUAUCCAAAAUCGAGUGAUCCGGAUAGUUCCGGAACAACCAGUGCCGAUGAGGAUCAAAGUUCAGAUAAAACACAAAAAUGAAGAAAAAAAAUUGACAUCGAAACCGAGUAGGUUUUCUGUUCUUGAAUAUAUUGUAUAGUCGAAAAGUUUCGAUUUUUUUUCUUCUUUAAAUACUAUAAAGUAAAACUUGUAUUAUACAAUCUACAUCACAACACUAUGUAAAUUCAUGUGUUUACCAGAAUC